CUUCCUCUCUUGCUAUCUCUUGUAUCUGUCUACUAAUCACAGUAUCCAUUCUCUUUCCUCUUAAUGGCUGCUUCUUCUUCUUCUUGUCAUUUGAAGUAUCAAGUUUUCUUGAGCUUCAGAGGUGAAGACACGCGCCUAAACUUCACCAGCCAUCUCCGAAAAGCUCUGAAAGACACCGGCAUGAACGUCUUCUUCGAUGAAGAUAAACUGGAGAAAGGGGAGCAGCUUUCACCGGCACUUUCCCAAGCAAUAGCAGCUUCAAAUCUCUCAAUAGUAGUCUUGUCUGUCGACUAUGCUUCUUCCAAAUCAUGCUUAGCCGAACUCUGUGACAUCAUGGGUCGCAAGGGAACUCAACAACAUACUGUUCUUCCAUCUUUUACCAUGUUGAUCCUUCUCAUGUCCGAAACAUUGUUGGAAGUUUUAAGGCAUCCUUUGAAGAGCAUGAAUCGAAUAGGCCACUUGAUGAAGUGAAUCGAUGGAGAGAUGCCUUUGUUGAAAUCGGCAAAUUAAAAGGGUGGCAUAUACAAGGCGGUAAACUCGAUAGGUAACC